GCUUAAAAAAGAACAAGAACCCGAUGACGUCGUCACGGGGACGGUUGGUGCUGGUGGUGGAACCGACUCAGUGAAGAAAAGAAAUGGCGAUGCUCGGAGGCUUUAGCGCUGCACCUCACAAGAAGAACGCCUCGGACGGGAGCAACGACGUGUCCGAAUUCGUCUGUCCAGUUUGCCUCGAAAUAUUCGACAGUCCCGUGACAACACAGUGUGGACAUACGUUUUGCCACAGUUGUUUGCAGGAAUGUCUGCGUCCACAGAAGCCUGUUUGUGCUGUAUGUCGAGGUGCUCCGGGCCACUGGACUAAAGCUGCUCAACUCGAGGCACUCAUUCAAUCAUCUGUGGCAGCCUGUAAGGGUUGUGGCACACAGGUUGGGCUUUCUAAGAUGAGAAGCCACACAGCUGCCUGUUCAAAAUACCAGGAGUACAUUGAGGAGGGAGUCAGGACAACUGCCCAGAGUCAGCCUGCCAUCGUCAGUUCAGUGCCAAAUCGCUACACCUUCACCUGCCCCUACUGCAACUGCCAGAACCUCGACCAGGACGGCCUGGUUGAACAUUGCACAACCCAACAUGCUCGAGAUGCACGCCAAGUGGUGUGCCCCAUCUGUGCCUCGAUGCCUUGGGGGGAUCCUAACUACAGGAGUGCUGACUUUUUCCAGCACCUGAAGAUCAGACACACUUUCUCCUAUGAUACAUUUGUUGAUUAUUCCACAGAUGAGCACACAAUGAUUCAGGAGGCUUUACAGCGCUCCCUUAUGGACCACUGAAGUGUGAAAACAAUCCACCGGUGGAGGGAAUCCAGUGAAAUGAAGGGAUGAUGGUCUUGAAAAGACAAAAACACACAGUGUCAUCAUUCAUCUAGAAUGGGGAUGGUGGUACUGACUUAUGGGUAAUUAUUUUUCAUAGGGAACUGGUAUCGUAACUAUGAAUAUAUAUAGGUUUAUUAUUCUGAAAAUAAAUCACGCAAUAUGGUUAAAAAAAUAAACAAACAUAUUGUACUGUUUGAUUUAGGAGUAAUACUGUGUUUCUGGUGUGAUAAUCACUUAUCUUCCCCUCCUCCCAGCUGAGUCUGUAGACUGGAUAGUUUGUUAGGUAUCUGCUAAACUAUGUUUAAGCUGUUUGUUUAUCAAUGACAAAGUGUCAUCUAGCAACAAAACAUCCAAACGUGAUUUAAAAAUUCUGCAUUGUCAAUACUUGAUGUUAUGAGAGGGUCUAACCACUAGGUGGCUACCUAUUGCCAGCAGACAACAAACUUCACUCCGUGAAGUCUUCAAGUAACAAAAAAAUAUAUUAUACUAAUUCUACUCGCAUGUUUAUGCAAAAGGUUAAAAAGGGUAAAGGGACUUUUAUUUCUUUCUUUUUUUUCUUUUUCUUUUUUUCUUUUUAUUUUUUUGACCACCAUUUUUUCAGCAGAUGGGGGGGAAAAAAACUCUGUCUUUUCAGUGCUGUUUUUGAUUGAAGCGCGUGUGUUUGUGUAUUAGAGUGUGGCUGGGUGUGUUCAUUCUGUUUUGACAGAUCUACUGGUAAGAAUAAACAAUGAGGGUCAAACACAGCCAGAGAUGGCAUUUUUGCUUUUUUGUGAUGUUUCUCCCUUAUGUCUUUGUGCCUGCUGGUAGAUCUUGUUUUCAAACUUCCAGAACUCAUAGGGCUAACACAGUAGUUCAUUCAGUGAAUCUACAGAUGCAAGUAUUUUAAAAAAAAAAAAAAAAAAAAAAAAAAAAAAUCAGUGUGUUU